AAGGUAGCGUUCCGCUCCCUGUGGGGGUAUGAGCCAAUCAAAGGACGCAGUCGAGAGAAAGUCUCUGCAGCAAAUGAUCAUUCAUUCAGUAUGCGAACUUACUGACUGUAGGAGUGUAAUCAAACUGUAGGUCUGCCAAUAGCAACAAGUGCCGGCGCUAACAAAAGUUAUUCUACGUGCAACAGAGUUUAUAAGAACUGUACACCAGUUUUUAAGCCAUCACUCCAGAUAGUUUAGCUGAUUUGACGCGUAAAGUCUUCCAAACUGAGAAGCACUUUGUAUUGUACAGCAUCCGGUUCCAGCUACAUUCUUCCAUUUGUCUUGCAGACCCCCCUGGCAUAUGUGUGGUGUGCAGAAUUCUGGCAGUGCAUUUGUCCCGUAAUCCGAAACGAGUUGUGGUUUCUUUUUUUCGCAGACGUAGUGUUAAUCAUCGUUGAAAACGUGGAUUUACUCGGAGGUGUUUAUGAAAAGGGAAUUAAAGAUAUUGCUGGUUGACUUAAUUUUAAAGAAGAUGUUCCGGCAGCUGCAAGUACAACGGAGGCUGCAUUACGAUCACCAUAAUGCUGCUUUCAAAUUUUAAACCUUGACACGGCGAUUCAUUUUAUGUAUAGGAUUUUUAUACCGCCCUUUGUUCUCAAUGGAUUUGAGUUUGGUGGCUAUUUAGCGGUAGGAAUUCAGAUGCAUGCCAAGUCUCUUGUGAAUGUGGGAAGACAACUUUGCCACAGAUGGAGUCCCAAAGUCAUCAUGGCCAGGGCGGUUCUCUAGUUGUGAUACAGCAGCCUUCACUGGACAGCAGGCAGAGGUUUGAAUUUGAAAGAGAACUGCAGCACACAGCAAUUCUGUCCUUGGAACAGAUCAAGGCCAUUAGGAUCAACAAUGAAUACACAGAAGGACCUUCUUCAGUGAAAAAGUCAGGGACAAAGACAGUUUCCAGACAGGAAAAGCAUGAAAGAACUCACGAAAUCCUACCAUUCAAUGUGAAUAACAAUUAUGAGCACAGAUCCAGCCACACUGUGCACCACUGUAAUGUCCGGGCACCUGCACUGAGCAGGUCUACGAGCACGGGGAGUGCAGCUAGUUCUGGGAGCAACAGUAGUGCCUCUUCAGAACAGGGACUGUUGGGCAGAUCUCCCCCUUCCAGACUAAGUUCAGGACAUAGAGCUGAAAGGGUUAUUCGAAUGCAGCCAAAAGCACCUUCCAUGGUUGUGGACAGCCUUAAAAGUUCUGUGAAAGAGGAUCAGACCAAACACCAGUUUAUCUGUGAACAGUGUGGCAAAUGCAAAUGUGGUGAAUGCACAGCACAGCGAACCUUGCCUUCUUGUCUGACUUGCAAUAAACAGUUUUUGUGCUCUGCUGACAGUAUGGUGGAGUACAGCACUUGUAUGUGCCUGGUUAAAGGUGUUUUCUAUCACUGCUCUAAUGAUGAUGAGGGGGACUCUUGUGCAGACAACCCAUGUUCCUGUACUCAAGCACACUGCUGCUCGAGGUACUUGUGUAUGGGAUUAAUGUCAUUGGCAUUACCUUGCUUGCUUUGCUACCCUCCAGCUAAAGGAUGUGUAAAAAUGUGUCAGCGGUGCUAUGACCGGGUGAACAGGCCUGGAUGCCGAUGCCGGAACUCUAACACUGUAUACUGUAAACUUGAGAGCUGUCCUUCUAGAGUUCAAGGAAAACCGUGUUGAGUAUUGUUAACUGAGGGGCAGAUUUUGGUGGGGGGGGGGGGGUAAUUCUGUUCUUUGUUCCAGUUACUUAAACUGUGUCUCUUCGAAGUUUCUUUUCUCCCUUCUAAUUCCUGCUAGUCUUGCCCCCCCCUCCACCCCCGAAAUGAUGGAGGGCAUGGAAUAAUCAGAUGCUGCGGUACAGUCCUUCGUCUAAAACAUAACAUGUUACUGAGAUUUCUGAAUCCUGUGGCCGUGGCUUUCCAUGUAAAGCAGUUCCUCAGAAGAGCAGCAAGGACAUUGGACUGGAUCAUUUUACUUCUAUGAGUGACCAUGUGAUAUUUUAAAUUAUUAACCGAAUUCCAGUUUUUAUUUGGAUUGUAAAAAUUGGCAUUUAAAUAUUUGGUGUGUGCUGACUUGACUGCCUUUAUUAUUUCACUUUCUUUUAAUUUCCUUUCUGUGUCUUUAUUUGUCCUCUGCACCUAAAUGUUUUCCUUUCUUUACUAUAGUCUGCUGAUCUUGUUGCCUCGGCCACAAAGGCUGUUAUUUUUGUAUAUAUGUACAGAGCAUAAAGUUGAAUUCUGACUAUUUUUAAAACAGAUGUCUGAUACUUUUUUGUUGUAAAGAAUAUUUAUUAUGUGAAGCUAUUAUUUUAUGAUAUUUAUUGCAAAAGACUGUCAGAUUUUACUCAUGUCUGAAUAUAACAAAAAUACCAAUACUUAACUGAAAAUUAAGGGUGGCAAAUAAAGAAAGUACGUAUGUUAACUAUAAUGCAGAAAAUAUAUUAAUUAAUGAAAAUGA